GCUUAGACGGUGGUCCUGCCCCCUGGCACGCGUUUCCGGUGGUAACGCGCUCUCGCCCGAUCCGUUCGCUGCUUAGUGGUCGGCCCCGCGUGUCUGAAGCAGAGGCACCGGCGCCCCAGGGUGUGACGGAGUGUAAGCCAUGGGAAAGGCCAAGCGGGCCGGGGCGCGGAGACAGGCCCCCAGGGCGCUGGCGGGGGCACGCGGAGGCACGGCGAAGGCCAACCCCAACCCGUUCGAGGUGAAAGUCAACCGGCAGAAGUUCCAGGUCUUGGGGAGGAAGACGCGCCACGACGUGGGGCUGCCCGGCGUGUCCCGCGCGCGGGCCGUCAGGAAGCGUACCCAGACAUUACUAAAGGAAUACAAAGAAAGGGAUAAGUCCAAUGUAUUUACAGAUAAACGCUUUGGGGAGUAUAAUAGCAACAUAAGCCCAGAGGAAAAGAUGAUGAAGAGGUUUGCUCUCGAACAACAGCGACAUCAUGAGAAAAAAAGCAUCUACAACCUAAACGAGGAUGAAGAGUUAACUCACUAUGGCCAGUCUUUGGCAGACAUUGAAAAGCAUAAUGACAUUGUGGAUAGUGACAGUGAUACUGAAGAACGAGGAACAUUGUCUGCUGAGCUGACUGCUGCCCACUUUGGAGGUGGGGUCAGACCCCCUUACAAGAAGACCUCUCCGCAAGAAGACGAGGAGGGGAACAAACCAAAGUCACGGAAAGAACUGAUUGAAGAGCUCAUUGCAAAGUCAAAGCAAGGGAAGAGGGAGAGACAGGCUCAGCGAGAAGAUGCCAUGGAGCUCACAGAAAAGCUAGACCAGGACUGGAAAGAAAUCCAGACCCUCCUGUCACGCAAAACUGCCAAGUCAGAGAACAAAGAGAAAAAGGAGAAACCCAAGCCCGACGCAUAUGACAUGAUGGUUCGUGAACUCGGCUUUGAGAUGAAGGCACAGCCCUCCAACAGGAUGAAAACGGAAGAGGAAUUGGCAAAGGAAGAGCAAGAGCGGCUCAAGAAGCUGGAGGCCGAAAGACUUGCAAGAAUGCUCGGGAAGGGUGAGGAUGGACAUGUGAAGAGACCAAAGCACAUGUCAGCAGAUGAUUUGAACGAUGGCUUCACCCUAGAUAGAGAUGGCAGGCAUUUGCUUUCUUACAAGGAUGGAAAGAUGAACGUUGAGGAAAACAUCCAGGAAGAGCACAGCAGGGAAGAUUGUGGCCAAGAGAAUGGUGAGGAAGAGGGCGAAGACGAAAGCAAUGAGGAAGAGAUUGGAGAUGAGAGCAGGGAGGACUCAGAGGAGAGUGAUGAUCCAGAUAGCCACUCAGACCUGGAACCUAACGUGGAGAGUGAGAACGAAAAUGAGAAGUCAAAGGAGUGGUAUCCGACUCCCAGGACAAGAUCGAUGAGCAGUGAUCAGGAAUCUCGGAGAGCUGCCCACUCUGAGCUGCCCUACACCUUUGCAGCCCCUGAGACCUGCGAGGAGCUGAAGUCCUUAUUAUCAGGAAGAUCGGUGGAAGAACAGCUUUUGGUGGUGGAGAGAAUUCAGAAGUGCAACCAUCCGAGUCUCGCAGAAGGAAACAAGGCAAACUUAGAAAAACUGUUUGGCUUCCUUUUGGAGUACAUUGGAGAUUUGGCUACAAAUGAUCCACCAGACCUCAAAAUCAUUGAUAAGUUGAUUGUGCCGCUAUAUAAUCUUUGCCAGAUGUUUCCUGAAUCUGCAAGUGACUCCAUAAAAUUUGUUCUCCGAGAUGCCAUGCAUGAGAUGGAAGAAAUGAUUGAGACCAAAGGCCGGGCACUGUUCCCAGGGCUGGAUGUGCUCAUUUACUUGAAAAUUACCGGGAUGUUGUUCCCGACCUCUGACUUCUGGCACCCAGUCGUGACUCCCGCCCUGGUGUGCAUGAGCCAGCUACUCACUAAGUGCCCGGUCGCGUCCCUCCAAGACGUGGAAGGCCUGUUUGUGUGCUGCUUAUUCCUGGAGUAUGUGUCUUUGUCUCGGAGGUUCAUACCUGAGCUGCUUAAUUUUCUUCUUGGGGUUCUUUACAUAGCAACUCCAAACAAGCAAAGCCAAGGUUCCGCUCUGGUGCACCCUUUCAGAGCACUUGGGAAGAACUCGGAAUUGCUCUUGGUCUCUGACAAGGACGACAUGGUCACGUGGCAGAGGAGAAGCCUCUCUCUUUAUUGGGCAAGUGGGCUGAGUGUUCUGACAGCAGCUGAGGUCAAUCACGCCAGAUUGUCCUGCCUGGCCGUGUGUCUGGCCCUGCUAAAGCGCUGUGUGCUCCUAUAUGGUGCACUGCCUUCCUUCCACGCUAUCAUCAGACCCCUAAGAGCCCUUCUGACAGAGCAUGUGGCAAACUGUAGCCACCCCCCAGAACUCCAGGAGUUGUCUCAAAGCAUACUGUCAGAAAUGGAAGAGCAAAAGCAGCUCUGCCGGCCACUGAUCUGUGAGAAGAGCAAGCCAGUCCCACUGAAGCUGUUCACCCCCCGGCUGGUCAAAGUCCUUGAGUUUGGACGGAAACAAGGCAGCAGUAAGGAGGAGCAGGAGAGGAAGAGGCUGAUCCACAAGCACAAGCGGGAGUUCAAAGGUGCCGUACGGGAAAUCCGAAAGGACAAUCAGUUCCUGGCUAGGAUGCAGCUCUCGGAGAUCAUGGAACGGGAUGCAGAAAGAAAGCGAAAAGUGAAGCAUCUUUUUAAUAGCCUGGCUACACAGGAAGGGGAAUGGAAGGCUCUGAAGAGGAAAAAGUUCAAAAAAUAAAUAAAUUGUAUUUUGUAAACGAAGCCAUGUGCA